UACGCUACAGCCAUGGCAUUCUGAAAACUAUGAGAUUAUCGUAAGGUAUCUUGGUUCGUUCAUCCUGGGGUGAGUUUCUCAUAAAUUGGCCCUAAAUCGGACGAGUUUGCGAAAGAUUCUGCUCCGGUCCCAGAACCCUUUGAAACCGAAGGAAGAGGUAGCAAGUGCAUCGUGACAUCAGCAUUGAGCAUUUUUGCACUACUGCACAGCCAAAAGCAGCAAGCUCCAACAUGGAUGAUCUCAUUACUCUAAUUCGCACCGAGAUUCCGGAGGGUCGCAAGAACCUCCAGGAGAGCUACUCGAACCUGGAACGGGUAGCGGAAUACUGUGAGGACACCUACUAUCGCUCAGAAAAUAAGAAGGCUUCGCUAGAGGAAACGAAAAACUACACGACCCAAUCGCUGGCCAGCGUCGCGUAUCAGAUCAACACACUCGCCUAUAACUUCCUGCAGCUGAUGGACCUACAGGCGACGCAGAUGUCCGAGAUGGAGUCACAGAUGAAUCACAUCUCGCAGACAGUCAUGAUACACAAGGAAAAGGUGGCCCGACGCGAGAUCGGUGUGCUAACUGCGAACAAGGUUAGCUCGCGGCAGUACAAAAUCGUUGCACCGCUUAACCCCGAGAAACCGAUCAAGUACGUGCGCAAACCGAUCGACUACACGCUGCUGGACGAGGUCGGUCAUGGUAUCGCACUAACGAACAGCAACAGCAACCAGAAGAAGCAUCGCGUCUCAAGCCAGGGCUCGAUCCAAUCGUCACUGACAGUGACGGUGUCGGUUGGUCCGCCACCGACUACCAAACCCCCAACACCACCACAAAUGACCCGUAACGCUGGUCACACGGGAACACUCGGCAAGCAGGCCGGUAGCAAUACUGGGACGCUGGGAAAGGCCAAUCGUGAGUAUCGUACACCACCAGUAGUUGUGCCGCCGCAGGUGCCAUCUCAUUAUGCGCCUAAUUACCCGGUUGGCCACCCGAGACGCACCUCCGGUGGUAGCAGUACUGGUGGCGGUGUCAUGGUUGCCCCCGGAAGUGGUGGGGCGGAACGAGCUCCCGGCUACAGUGCGUUGCCACUGCCGAUGCCACCGAGUCAGGUGGUCAUGCACCAUCCACCGCAAAUCGGCAUGGUGCACCCAAUGCAGUCCGGGCCUAUAACGCAGCAUCAGACAACGUUCGAAGAGCGCAACAGCAUGCCACCACCACCGUCUCCACUGACCGUGUCGCAGGACGUGAUUACCGAUCACAGCCACAUCGGCAUGCACACGCUCAGCCGCAACAUGCCACGACCGGGCUCACAAUCGCCACCGUUGCCACCGCCGCCGCCACCGGAGGAGUCUGACCAUGCCGAUUUUGGGCGGCCUCGUAACACGCAAAGUCUCGUCGCACCGAUCGUACCGGACGACCAGAACUUGCCCGGGUGGGUGCCGAAGAACUAUAUCGAGAAGGUGGUCGCCAUCUACGACUACUACGCGGACAAGGACGACGAGCUGAGCUUCCAGGAGAGCUCGGUGCUGUACGUGCUGAAGAAAAACGACGACGGCUGGUGGGAGGGCGUCAUGGACGGUGUUACCGGACUGUUUCCCGGCAACUACGUCGAACCAUGUGUUUAAGAAGCCCUAUCUAUAGAUCCACUCCACUCGCCUGUUGACGGUUUCGACGUUUGUUUCUAUUUAUCGCUAUUUGACAACGUGUGUACGGACUCCCUCGCCAUCUUUAGCUUCUAUAUAGCUUCUACAGGCAGAAAGGAGAAACACAUAUACAUAUACACUGGCUACUGUAUGAUGAAACAGGAAAACAAAUGAGCAUCUAUUCCCUGCAUUCGGUAGCGUUCGCUGCAUUGGAGUUACAAAUGAGCAAAUGUGGCUUUAAUUUAAAACCUAUGAGAACUAAUACGCCAGUUGCGGCUGAUUGAUACCAUUCCAGCUGCUAAACUCGUUUUGCAAGGAGCAAACCCCCUGGCACCACCAGGUAGCGGAAUAAAUGGAGAACUAUUGAAUAAAUAAUUACAUUAAACAAAAACUCAAUACCUUUAA